UAUAAAUUUUUGUAAAAUUGAAUUAUUGCGAAACUUUUGAUCGUUUAUCAUUGCAACAAUAUAGCACUGCUAAAUAGGAAGUCUUUUCUUCAUCAAAUGAUUAUAAACUGUCCGACAGACAAAGGAUUAUAUACGUACGUCAGUGAUGGAAUUCAAAACAUACCUAAAUGGGCGACGCCAAAAAAAGCGAAUCGAUCGUUACUACGCAGAUUCGAUCGGUCUAGUUGAAUAAAGGAGGAGAGGGACCAAUUUAAGUGAACGUCGUGAGGGUCGCGAGUGCCGACAGAGGUGAGGCUAAUCGCGAUUACACAAACGAGAACGAGACGACGAGCGGGCGUCAAUGUCAGAUGCGUAUGAUAUACCGAUUAUUAUAACAUGCCUUGACGAUGGACGCACACAUAUCCUGGUAACACGAAGCGUUCGGCACAAAGUCUCUUUUUCCGAGGGAGUAUAUAAAGCGAAGUAUUGGACAGAGUGCAGGACAUAUUAUUCCAGCACCUUGGCGAGUACUGAUCAUUGGUAGCGCUAAAAAGGAGCUAAGAGAUUUCGUUCAACAUGAAGCUUCUCAUCGUCUUUUCCGCCGCUUUGGUUUGCGCCUUCGCUCACCCAGCACUGAUUUACACCAAUCUGGUAUCCGGUGCGCCGAUCGGUCCGGACGGCCGGGUGGUGGACACCGCGGAAGUAGCCUUGGCCAAGGCCGAGCACGCGGCCGCUCACUUCAACGAGAGAAUUAAUCUGGCCCAGGAAGCUGUCAGAUCGGCCGAUGUGCUGACUUACGUCGCGCCGACGAACGUGGCCGUGAUCGGCCACGGAGCCCCCCAGCUGGUGGAACCGGUUGCGGUGGCGACCAAACUGGUACCCGGAGCACCCAUCGGACUCGAUGGGCGCGUCGUGGACACACCGGAAGUGGCCCUCGCCAAGGCGGAACACGCGGCGGCUCACGUCAACGAGAGACUCGGCCACGAGGUCGCGAGAUCAGCCGUUGUUCACGAACCAGUCGUCGUCCUGGAUCGCAGUGCGUCGCACGGUUAUUACUAUGUUUCUUCUUGAAUUCAAUUCGGCGAUAACAAAGCGAACAGUAUAAUGGGAUGCGAAUAAAUCUGGAUAAUCUUGGCAUGGCGUAAUUCUCCGAAUAUUUUAUUUCGAUUGUCAUUCUUCUUUUCUAUGUUAAAAAAAAUUAGAACCUGAAUUUUGGAAGAUGUUCUUAUCAGACUUUCUCUGACAAUGAGUAUAGAACUCUGGAUUUUAAUAUUUUCCACAGAAUAUUUCAAGAUCAUUUUUUUAUAGUGUCCCUAAUUAUAGAGCGAACAUUUCACCUUCAAAGAGCAUACAUGGAUAUAAUGUAAUUAACGAUAAGUGGUACCGGUGUA